GCAGGGCUAGUCAUGGACCGGCACCUUGUGGGAAGAGGGCAGAAGUCGUUUGGAGUUUAGCUGCGAAGCGCGGAGGUGGAGCAUGUGCAGGGUGCUCGAAAACUGCGGGGAUUGCAGUAAGCAAGACAUCGUCAGGCUUACCGAAAUGGAGCUGCAGAAAAGGGGCCCGGAAGAUUCCAGUCCCAGCCAGGAUAAGUCACCUUGAUAGAUGCAAGUGGGGCCAGUAGAAUUCCAGGCAGCUCAGAGGCACCCUGCAAUGGGCGCGCACUGGAUGGGGAUUGUCAGACCAUCUACGGGUCAGAUCGCCUCCCGAAUGUGUAUGGCCUCGUUCUCCCGGAGUUGACCUCGGAGCGUGUUGUUUCGUCGCAAGCAGCGGAGCCUCGUUGGAUUCUGGACCUCCUUUCCCCCCCUGGACUCUCUAUAUAUGUACAUAGAGACUCCCUCAGUUGCUGCGCUGUGUCUCCCUUAUAAGCAUUGCCUCUCGGUUUGUCUCCCCUGCAAGCCUUUCGCAAAUGUUGCCCUGUGGGUCUCGAAUCUGAACAAACAAACACACGCAAUCCAAGCUAUAGACCGAUGAGCACAAUAGUUCGGAUGUCAAAGUUUCGUAGGUACUAGCUGCUUUACACUUCGUGCUUCACUGCUGCCCAGUGUGAGAGAACUGUCUAAAUGGUCCGAGGUAGAGCUAUGGUGUCGGUGUGCGUGUCUGAUUAGUUGUAAGCACUCUGAUUCCGUUCCAUUCCUCAGCUUUCACUUGAAAGAUACUGCAUCUACUCUACCAUCGUGAUUUCUAAUCUCAAUGCCGUUCUAGCGCAAUCUGGUUGAGUUCGAAAGUAUUUGUGAGGGGUAGUGGUCUCCGGUCAACUGCAUUGGUUGGUGCGGAUCAUCGACAGACAUGACCAGACCCCCAAGCUGUGACGCAAAGCAAGAGGGGCUGAAGAAGGGGCCCUGGACUCCCAAUGAAGAUCAGAAGCUGGUGGCGUACAUUCAAAACCAUGGCCAUGGGAGCUGGCGUUCUCUUCCGCUCAAUGCAGGCCUUCAACGAUGUGGCAAGAGCUGCAGGUUGAGGUGGACCAACUACCUUAGACCUGACAUCAAGCGAGGCAGAUUCUCUCAGGACGAGGAUCAAAUGAUUAUUCACCUCCAUGCGAUUCUUGGCAACAGAUGGUCUGCUAUAGCAAGUCAUCUUCCCCGCCGCACUGACAACGAGAUUAAAAACUACUGGAACACUCACUUGAAGAAGAGACUCCUGCAAAUCGGAAUUGACCCUGUGAGUCACGAGUCCACAACAGCGGAGGAGACCAUGCUUGACAACAUUAUCACUGGUCUGCGGCCAGUGGUAUCAUCGAGCCUCACCCACAUGUCGCAAUGGGAUUGCGCACGCGCAGAAGCGGAAGCACGGCUAUCUCGACAAUCGUCCCUGACAUCUUCGACCUCGGAAUUAACUCAGACUUCGCAUCAACAUCAACCACUCAACCUGAGCACAGAGAGCAACGUUAAUUAUCAAGACGAGUCGACGAACUUCAUGAGUUCCUGGAAGGACCUAGUCACGGAGACACUGAGACCUAAUUUUGGCGAGGUAGAGCUUGACAAAACACCCGCAAACCCUGUUGAUCUCCGAAAGUUUCUGCAAGACUGGGAGUCCUCUCUGCAAGCACCUCAAUCACUUCCGGAAAGCUACUCCGCGGACAACUCUCCCAUUGACGUCCCAGAUGUGGCUUCCGGCACUGCGUCUGAAGUGGCUUCUCCACCAUACAGCCCCAACGAUCUCGAAGGCUUCUGCCGUAUUCCAGGAUCGUCCCCCAUUUUUCCAUCUCCAGCUCAGUUAACCGAGCGCCUCAUGGCUUCUAGACACUGCAAUUCACUUCUACUGCCACCCCGAACUGGUUUGGAAGGGUCAAACGUUUUUCCCACCCUUCAAAUGACCCGUAACAGUCAGUCUCUGCCCGCGGUGGGAUCUAGCUUCAAUUUUUCAGGUCUAUGUGGGGCGGAUACCGAACACCAGUUCUCCCCGACGAGCACCCUCUACAACCCAGACGAUUCUUCUUACUGCAGUCCAUGUGGUAAUAGUGACGGCAUCUCAGAUAGCUUCAACCCUCUGGCGCAGAGAUUUCUCUUGAUCCACGACAACGACCAACUCCCUAGAGCAAACUUGGUCACGCAUUUUCCUUCGGAGCAGUCCUUAUGGUCUCUGCAGCAAGUGGAUAUGGUGGGUGCUCUUCAACCCAAGCCUUACUUCAUUUCUGAGCUCGAAGUCGCAGCCUCUCAGAAACCUCGCGCACCCUGCUUCAACGCGAGCGUCUCCUCCAUGGUGAACCAAGUUGGAUUGCUGAACGACAUUCCAAUCCCCCAUUUUGAGUUUUUGUGUUGAGGGCGCCUUUGCUGCAUAUUUGUGCAGCUCUCGACAUUUGACACGAUACCGACUUCGCACAUGGUUUUAUUUUAUUUUAAUUUAUUUAUUUUCCCUUCGUUCAUUAUCGCAUCCCACUGAAGAGAUGGCCUUUGCAAUUGUGAAUGGCGGAGGAAACGUCGGUCAUGCCAGUUUAGCCUCCGCGUUUUGUGUGGAGUUUGAGGGCUGCGCUGAGCAAUGUGCCGCAUGGAUUUUUGUAGAUAGUUGAGAGACCGUCACGAGUUGGCAGAUUGAGAUUGUAGUUUACGCACCAUUCUAUUUUUUUUUAUUAGUCGAGACUCCCUCACCUGGAGUUCCUGCUAUUCGUAACAUUCAUGAACAUUUAAAGGCAAUUUUUUUCCAUAUUCUAUUUGAACUAACUGUCCAUUCCUCUCGGUUGUGAAAAGAAACAAUGAGGAGUGUCCACUUGCAAUGA